AUGCCUGAAAGAUAUCAUCGAGUUAUGUUUGAAUCAGGUUUAAUUGAUUCAAUGGUUAAAAUAAUUCAUAAAGUUAAUCGAGAAGAAAAACGAAAUCCCAAAAAACUCUUCAUCAUUAUCAAAUGUCCUACAAAUAAAAGGGCAGAUAUUUCAACACAAACAACAUCAGAUGAUUAUGUUAUUUAUAAUGAAGAUUAUAAACCAUGUUUAACUUACACGAAUUCAAUUUCCAAAAAAAUGUCUCGUCGUAAUUUACAACGUUUUCCAUCACUCGUCUUCGAUUUACAUGAUAAUGAUGAUCAUCAUGAUCAAACAAAUGAUAGCCACCAUUCAUCAAUCGAUGUACAAUAUUCUACACCAAUGGCAUCAUCGCAACCUAAAAUACAGUCUCAAAAUAUAACGUCAACAAUAGUUACAACAAAUCAACUACUAGCAUCGGCAGCUGUAGGAUUAUCAACACCUUCACCUCGUCGACCGGCAAUAAAGCGACGUGCUCAUUCAGUUACACCAUCAAGAAAAACAAAUCAAGAUAUCGCAGUUAUUGAUUUAAUUACACCACCUAAACCUUUCAUGACGACAACGAGGACGACUCAACCAAAUUAUAUGAUACGUACAUUGUCUAUUUACAAUCAAAGACGUCGUUCAAUUUUACCAACAUUUCCAAGUAUGACUUAUACUCAUGAACCCGAUCUAUUAUUAGCUAAUAUACCAUUGGAUUUAUUGUCAACACAAGAAUUAACACAUCGUCAACCUAGUUUAUAUCCGGCUUCAUUUCAAAUUCAAAAUCCUCAUCCACCAGCAGGAUCAUUCAUGAUGACACAAUAUCAGAAAUAUUUUCCGCCAAUAUUGGAACGAUUCAAAAUGGAUACGUCAAUUUUAGAUCAUAAUUAUUUUCGUUUACAUGAAUUUAUGAAUUUAUUUCGUUCAUCCCGACUUCGGCAACUAGGUCAAGUGAAAUGCACCGAAGACCUGCUUCCUUUAGGUGAUACUGAAAUACCACAAUUGUUUGAAUUUUAUUUACAAAUGGAUGUCGAUCUAUUCUAUAUGAAAACAUGUUCAUAUCAUGGUGCACAACCAAGAUCAAUCCAUGAAGGUAUAUUUUGUUUAGAAACACCUCAAUGUCUUUAUGCAAUGUCCAAAUGUAAUCAAUGUGAAUUAUGUAUACCAACGGACAAUACUUUAUCGGUUCUUUUUGAUAAUUACAAUCGACAUCGUUUUAUUAAUGGCUAUGAAUCUAUUUUAAAUUGUCCAGUAGAUUGUAAUACAAAAAAUUUCAUUUACGUUUUAACACGUGCAUGUCAUGAAUUCGAUUAUAUUUGUGAAACAAAAUUUUCGUUAGGUGGACGAUUACAAGAUCAUCGUCAAGUAGCCAAUAAUUUAAUACGGAAACUUUUAUUUGAUGAAAAUCCAACGUAUUGGCCAUUUGUACCGAAAACUACAAUAGAAGUCAAUAAAGAUAAUGCUCAUUAUGCUCGAAUGCAUGCCACAACUACGGAUACAUGUCGUUUCAAUCAAAAUGAAUCAACAACAAGAUUUCUGAAUAAUAUACCAGUACCACCAAAUGGCUUUAAAUUUUCUAAAAGACAAAUCGAACAACAAAUAUAA